UGCGGCGGCGGUGGUGGGCAGUCGCGCAAACGUUCUUGGCCAUGGUGGUGGUGGCUGCCGCGCCGAGCCCGGCCGACGGGGCUCCCAAAGUAUUGCUUCUGUCGGGUCAGCCCGCCGCCGCCGCCGGAGCCGCGCCCGGCCGGGCCCUGUCGCUCAUGAUGCCGGCCCAGAGAGGGGCCAGCCCGGAGGUGGCGAGCGGGGUGCCGCCCCAGGCGCGCAAGCGACAGCGCCUCACGCACCUGAGCCCCGAGGAAAAGGCGCUGAGGAGGAAACUGAAAAACAGAGUAGCAGCUCAGACUGCCAGAGAUCGAAAGAAAGCUCGAAUGAGUGAGCUAGAACAGCAAGUUGUAGAUUUGGAAGAAGAGAACCAAAAACUUUUGCUAGAAAAUCAGCUUUUACGAGAGAAAACACAUGGCCUUGUAGUUGAGAACCAGGAGUUAAGACAGCGCUUGGGGAUGGAUGCCCUGGUUACUGAAGAAGAGGCAGAGGCCAAGGGGAAUGGAGUGAGGCCAGUGGCCGGGUCUGCUGAGUCCGCAGCACUCAGACUACGUGCAUCUGCAGCAGGUGCAGGCCCAGUUGUCACCCCUCCAGAUCAUCUCCCCAUGGAUUCUGAUGGUGUUGACUCUUCAGACUCAGAGUCUGAUAUCCUGUUGGGCAUUCUGGACAACUUGGACCCAGCCAUGUUCUUCAAAUGUCCUUCCUCAGAAUCUACCAGCUUGGAGGAGCUCCCAGAGGUCAACCCACAAGGACCCAGUUCCUUAUCAGCCUCCCUUUCUCUGUCAAUGGGGACGUCAUCAGCCAAGCUGGAAGCCAUUAAUGAACUAAUUCGUUUUGACCACAUCUAUACCAAGCCCCUAGUCUUAGAGAUACCCUCUGAGACAGAGAGCCAAACUAAUGUGGUAGUGAAAAUUGAGGAAGCACCUCUCAGCCCCUCAGAGAAUGAUCACCCUGAAUUGAUUGUCUCAGUGAAGGAAGAACCUGUAGAAGAUGACUUCAUUCCAGAGCUGGGUAUCUCAGAUCUACUUUCAUCCAGCCACUGCCUGAAGCCAUCUUCCUGCCUAUUGGAUGCCUACAGUGACUGUGGAUAUGAGGGAUCCCCUUCCCCCUUCAGCAACAUAUCCUCUCCACUUGGUAUGAACCAUUCUUGGGAUGAUACUUUUGCCAAUGAACUCUUUCCCCAGCUGAUUAGUGUCUAAGGAGUGAUCCAAUAUGUUGCUUUUUUCCUUGACUCUUAUGCUGCCUGGAGAAUAGCAGAGAAGCCUAUCUGUGCUUCAUUCAAAAAGCCAAAGUAGAGAGCAUACAUUCCUAGAGAAUUCCUCUGAAGUGAUUGUUCAAACCUCACAGAUGACCCAAGUAUUAUCUUUUGACAUCCAGCAGUCUAAGGUAUUCAGUUGUAUUACUGCUAUUCAGAACUACAGCUUUUGAGAUUUUACUUUCAUCUUAAGGGCAGUAGUUUGCCCUCACAUACUUAAGGCAAGGGCCAUUAGACAAGUGUCAUAAAGUAGACAUGGAAUUUAUGAAUGACCUUUUAUAAUUUCUCUUCCUCCUUCUUGGCAUCCCAGGCUUGCCUCCAAUUUUAGGUCCUUUAGUUUGCUUCUACAAACAGAGAGAAUACCUACCUGAGGAGGGGAAACCUUUUUCCCUCAUCAGUUCAAGUAAAGAUCAAGAAUCUUUUGUAAAAUUAUAAAAAUUUACUAUGUAAAUGCUUGAUGGAAUAUUUUCCUGCUAGUGUAGCUUCUGAAAGGUGCUUUCUCCAUUUAUUUAAAACUACCCAUGCAAUUAAAAAGUGCAAUGCAG